AUGGCCGCCGCCAACGUGCUCCUCGCUCCCGUACUCGCCCUCCUCGCCCUCGCGUCCUCCGCCACCGCGGCCGGGCCCUACAAGAUCAAGUCGACCUCGGGCGCGCGGUGCCGCUCGGCGCCGUUCCUCAACUCCCCCAUCGUCAAGACGUACGCGUACGGAGCACCCGUGACCAUCACGUGCUGCUCUUUCGGCCAGGUGUACUCUGGUUCGCAGCUGUGGGACAAGACGACCGACGGGUGCUUUGUCCACGAUGAGCUCGUCAAGACGUUCACGACCAACAACGUCGCGCCUUGGUGCACUGGCCCUGCGCCGUCACAGGCUCCGUGCGGGCCCAAGUCGGGCCGAACUUGCAUUGUGAAAGACGAGGUGGCGGACCAGGCGGACCAGGCGUAG